AUGGAGAACCCGCGAGACAAAGCCAGAGCGAGCUGGGGGGACGCCCAGAAGAUCCGCACUGAUAUAAUGGCAAAAAUAUCAAGCCUGAAGAAAGAACGCGGAACUACGAACACUACAUCUGCUUUCGAUGAAGUUGAGCUGACUAUGGCUGAAUUCCGUCUAGCUUGUAUGAACGUCAUCAACCAUGAUUUCGAGUAUGCUGCCGGUAAGAAUGUUGAGCACUUUCUAUGGCAUGCUCACACCUUUCUUAAUGGAGAGUACCGAAAAGUUAUGAGCCGCCUCUUGGCACAGAAUCAAGUUGUUGUGAGACGGAAGCUAGAGAAACAGUACCGAGGAUUUCUAAGGACAUCCCAAUCGUUUUACCGUGUCUAUAUUCAAAGAUUAUCUGGGCGAUUCUAUAUCCCGCAACUUCACCAAGUUGCAUAUGGUACGGAUAUCGAGCCGGAAGCGAUUCCUCCUCCCGAUUCAACACCCCCGUCUCGGCUUCGCGCAAUGAUUCUGAAAUCAUGUCAGAUCACUCUGGUUCACCUUGGUGACUUGGUCAGGUAUCGAUGCCAAAUGACUGAGAAGCUUUCGAAUUCCAGUACGAAUUUUGAUAAAGCCUUGGAGUAUUACGGUCUAGCAAACGCCAUUGAUCCUGAUGACGGCUCUGCUCACCACCAAUUGGCCGUACUAUAUCAACUUCAAGCCCGGCAUCUUGACAUUGUCUAUCACUUUCACCGUUCUAUCUGCAUUGCGAGGCCGCACCAACUGGGGAUUACCAACCUUGAGCGAGAAUUCAAGGGCUUGGAAAAUCCUUCUACUGCUCGUAAGGGACCAAAAGAUCCAAAUGAGACUAUGAUUACUUGGUUCCUCCGACUACAUGCGUAUUUCUUCCAAGGAGAGCCCUUUUCUCAGCAGUCUGAGUUAGAAGAGGAAGUGCUACAUCGUAUAGAGAUGACAAUCAAAUCUAACCCCGACGACACCAUCUUACGCAGAAUGACAUUCAUCAACAUCGCUGCAUAUGAUGUUGCUCUAGAGAAAGUAAGGGCUGCUUGGACCAUACAAGGCUCCCAAUCUGCCCAAUUUCUAUUGAGAUUCAAUAUCCGCACAUUUGUGGUUCUCCUUCGAGUUCUAAAGGCGGGUUUGCUGAAUGAAUCUGCAACGUCUCCGGUUUCCGAGAAGCAAAGCGAGAACCGUGACAGUGCUGAGAGUCCUUUUUACUUUAGUCAGCUUUUAACGCGGCUUCUCCCUUUUAUCCGUCUUUACAUCUCAUGGAUUUACGUUUCUCAGGCCGAUAUUAACAGCUACCGAGAAUUCUUAGAACCAUAUGCCAGUGACGUAUACGGACUCCUCAGUGAUACACUGACUUUACUCAACGCGAUCAUCGAUCAAGUUGCGGCCACGGCCACGUCUAAAUAUCUACUACCGGAAGAUGUCGAGGCUCUUGGGCUUAGACCAUUUGCCAAUGAGAAUUUGCCACUAUUUACACGAUUGGAAGACUUGCUGGGCCCAAGCUCACCAAAAAAGCCCAAGUCUCGUAAGCCCCGUCAAAGGGCCUCUGGCUGCCAAUACCGAUCUGAUACGGAAGCGGUUUGGCGUAUUAGAGACAUCGUGUAUUGUGGUGUGCUGUUGGCAGAGGGUUCGGGUUGCUCACUCGCCAUGUCUCUUAAACAGCACGAGGGACGAGAUGUUGAAUGCUGGGAUUUUAUUGAUGAACCUUCUCAGCGAGUUCCUGUCAGCGAAGCGAUCAUGUUACGUAUGGUGAACAAGCUUAAGCUUGGCAACACGAAAGCCAAGCCUGAGGAUCUAGCAAAGAAAGACUUAGAGUUUUCAGCCCCAAGUAUCGUUGCGGCGGAUGAAAAACACUCUUGCGGCGAUGAUAGUGAUAAAGACCUCAAGACACAGCAUCGACUUGAUAAAGGGAAGUCGGUCGACGAACGAGCCCCCUUUUCACUUCUAGAUACAGAUUUGAGUGGAGAUAGUGAAAUGGUCAACAUGGUAAAUAAGCUUCUGGAUCCCACUGAAGACAGCAGGCCUCAAUCGAGUCAGACACAGGCUGAUACAAGCUACGGCAUGAAUACUACAACAGCAAAUGAGGUCUUCGGUCAAUUAGGCGCUAAUUCCGAACAUACUUCUGCACAACCUUCUCCGGCAUCUAAGACUAUCCCUAGUCUUCCAUGGGGUUAUUUUUAUAAGCCGACUCCGCACCGUUCUGGCAGUCAAUCUAAUAACCAGUUGCCCCCUGAUGGCGAUUAUAUACCCAGGAGUGCUCACGGUCAAUCGGAUAGCCUCGAAUCAUCUUCUUACCUCAAUGGUCUAGCUACUGGUACACACCAAGCUCAAGUUUAUGGCAAGCUAGGAAUAACCACGGCACCUUCGCCGGCUCUCCAUCGUCAUGAAGCAAAAGGCUCUCGCGACUCGCUCGAAGCAUCGCGAGCUGCCGUUCUUGAUAGUUUGACAUCUACUCUUUAUGCACAACACGGGUUAGUUCCCAAUGAUAUGCAGCCGUCGGAUAAUUUUACGAGCCGCGUGGCUCCUAGCCCCUAUUUAGGGGCCCGGGGAUCUACACCCGGAACGUCAGGUUCGCCAUUUGCCCCAGGGCCCAACUCGCCUUAUUUGAGCAAUCUUGGACUUAACAUUGGCUCAAGUUCCAUGGAACGUUCUGCUAGUCAACUUGCGGCUAUGUCUAAUCUGCAAAGCUCACCUGGACCAAACUGGUCCGGCAAGUCAAUUGGAACAUAUGGUGGAUUUCAAGAUCCUCGCGGCUAUCCCCCGAAUGCCUCGAGCCCCGCUAACAUCGAGCCGGUGGCAGUUUUAGCUAUAGGAGCCCAGGGCCCAGUAUCCAGACGUAAGGCACCUGGCCCUCCUACCCCAGUCCAGCAACCAAAAUCUCCUUGGAUCCAGGAACCUACAAGAAGCGGAUCGACUUUCGCCUUUUCACACCCGAGUAGCCUUUAUGGUGGUACUCCUGCUGCGCCUCCGGGUGGCCCCCCUAACAUGGUCUUGUCCAACGGCAGCUAUAAUGCCGGUAUCCCAUUCGGUCGUCUUGGUGCUGGAUCCAACAGUAGGGAUGACUCUAUGCACUACUGA